CAACCUGUUUCGCUCCCUCGAAGGCAACCGCAGCAUCGCAGUCUUCGAGGUCCGUUGCGUGACCUUCAGGAAAAGGAUUGCCAUGGCGCUGGGGCGAUUGGUCGAGCGGAACCGAUCGAUAGCUAUGUACACGAUUGACCUCCGUGAGAGCGACGUCGACCGUGUGACCCAGGUUCGCAACAUCUGCCGCGAGCUCAAGGAGGCUAUUCCCCGAAACCGCUUUGCCAUUGCCUUCAGCGUGCUGACAGAGGAACGUGAAUGUUCAAGCGAUCCCGCCAUCAGAGACGCUCUCAGGCAUAACGUGAUGCUCGUCAACCAAGCCGUCCGGUUCGUCAACGGCUCCAUGGAAAAAACAGACGCCCUGGCCUUCGAGACUUUGCACAGCUGCAUGUCGGUGCAAUCAUCACUGCGCGUUAACUUCAAUAUAUCCGAAGAGUCUGCGCACGAGAAGGUCGUCGAGGCACGCAAGCGGCUCGCUUUCAACUACUUCAUCAUCGCGGGUGUCGUCAAAGACAAGAUAGUGUGCCGUCCACAUCGCAAGAGAAACACUACGUUCGACAAGCUCGGUAAGGACAUGCAGGCGCGCAUCUGCUCCUACCUCAGCUUGACUGAUGUCAUGGACAUCUGAAAGGACAAU